GGGGGGGGGGUUAGUUAAACAGCAGAGAACGAUGUCGUCGGGUAAAAGACAAACACCAGUAGAUGCUCUUGCGAAAAAGUGGAAAUCAUUUCCUCUGUUUGUGGUAAGAGAUUAGAUAAACCACCUCGAAGGGGAACAUGGUGACGUGACGGACCAAAAAGUUAAUAUUUGAGGGCGAGGGCCGGUCGCCGACUUUGAAUGGCUUCUCGAUUAUCGCCAGGGCUGCGCACGCACACUUGUCUUCUCAGAAGAAGCGCUGCAGAUGUCCACAGCGCAGAACACAACGAGAGGUCCGCUAUUUAAACACACGUGUGACAUCGCCUUCCUUGCCUGGUGAUGAUGAGAUGGGAGCAUUUGGAAACACGUUCCUUGUCAUCGAGAGUAUAAAAAGUAGGAGUGGGGGUGACGGAACCAGAAGUUCGUCCCACCUUGUCCCGUUGAAGGGAGGCUUAUCCAGCUCUUCUUAAUUCAUUGCCUGCCCGUUUCCCGCGGUGGUUGAAGCGCUAAUCCGCAAGGCCUCCUAAGUAGUUUUUUGUUUUUUUCGAAAUCGGGCGCAAGUGGGCCGGUGUUUGGCCGGUUAGGCCGUCAUGUCGGUUCUGUCUCUGCGGCACAAGAUGCUGUCUUCCCUGCGCGCCGGCUGGCAGAUGAGGAGCGUGGUAGUGCUGUGGUGCACACCCUUCCUGCUGCUCCCGCUGCUUGUGGUGGUCCGGACUCCGGAGGCAGCGUGUGCCUAUGUGAUCGUCCUGAUGGCGGUGUACUGGUGCACCGAGGUGCUGCCCCUGUCCGUCACUGCCCUGCUGCCCACGCUGCUCUUCCCCAUGAUGGGCAUCAUGACCUCCAAAGACGUGUGCAUGCAGUACCUGAAGGACACCAACAUGCUGUUCGUGGGGGGUCUGAUUGUGGCCGUGGCCGUGGAGCACUGGAACCUCCACAAACGCAUCGCCCUGCGCGUGCUGCUCAUCGUGGGGGUGCGGCCUGCCCUCCUGAUGCUGGGCUUCAUGGGGGUCACGGCCUUCCUGUCCAUGUGGAUCAGCAACACGGCCACCACCGCCAUGAUGGUCCCCAUCGCGCUGGCCGUGCUCGAGCAGCUCAACGGGCCCCCCUGCGUCCCGGCCGGCGGCGGUCCUGCCGAGGAGCCCCCGGCGCCCCCCAAGGAGAAGACCGGCAGCAUGCCCUCCCUCUCCCCGCUCGUCAGCGCUGAUCAAGUGUCGUUGCCCGUGGAGAACGGGUGCGGCCAGCUGGAGAUGGAGGAGCUGAGUGGAGAGGAGGAGGAGGAGGAGAGGAGGAGGAUGUGUAAGGGCCUGCUCCUCUGUGUGUGCUACUCCGCCAGCAUCGGAGGCAUCGCCACCCUCACGGGGACCGGACCCAACCUGGUGUUCAUGGGACAGCUCAAACAACUCUUCCCUCAGAGCGGUGACGUGAUAAACUUUGCCUCCUGGUUCGCCUUCGCCUUCCCCACGAUGAUACUGAUGCUAACGCUAGCCUGGUUCUGGCUGCAGUUCGUCUUCAUUGGCUUCAACCUGCGGAAAACGUGGGGCUGCGGUGCCGCGGACACAGAGAAGAGCCGGGCGGCGUACGAGACCAUCCGCGAGGAGCACGGCCGGCUGGGGCCCAUGCGCUACGGCGAGAUGAGCGUGCUGGUGCUCUUCAUCCUGCUGGUGGCGCUGUGGUUCACGCGGGACCCCCGCUUCAUCGACGGCUGGGCCACGCACGCCUUCAACUCCCAGGCCGAGUUUGUGACCGAUGCGACUGCGGCAUUGUUUGUUGCUGUCCUGCUGUUUGUUCUGCCGUCCGAGCCUCCUCACUUCCUGUGCUUCUGGAGGAGGGCUGACCCAGGGUCCAAGACCGUCCAUACUCUGGCCCCGCCCCUGUUGACCUGGGAGGUGACCCAGAAGAAGAUGCCUUGGAACAUCGUUCUGCUCCUCGGAGGUGGCUUCGCCCUGGCUAAAGGCAGCGAGGAGUCGGGUCUGUCCCGUUGGUUAGGCGACCAGAUGAUGCCCCUUCACUCCAUCCCUCCCUGGGCCAUCGUCAUCGUCCUCUGCCUCCUCAUCGCCACCUUCACUGAGUGUGCAAGCAACGUUGCCACGGCGACGCUCUUCCUGCCCAUCCUGGCCUCCAUGUCUCAGUCCAUCGGAGUGAACCCCCUGUACAUCAUGGUGCCGUGCACGCUCAGCGCCUCCUUUGCCUUCAUGCUGCCCGUGGCCACGCCCCCAAACGCCAUCGUCUUCUCAUCCGGCUACCUCAAGGUGUCAGAUAUGGCCAAGACUGGCAUAGUGAUGAACAUCGUGGGGAUCCUCUGCAUCACGUUGGCCAUCAACAGCUGGGGUCGUCUGCUCUUUGACCUGGACACCUUCCCCGCCUGGGCCAACGCCACCACCACGGUCUAAAGGCUUAGUUAUGUUUGUACGUCGACACAACGCAAUGACAAUGCAGUCGCUUCGAUUGCAGUCGUGAACCUGUUUUGGCUCUGCGUCGGGUUUACAUCGGUUUAACCUUAGCGGACCAAUCACAGCCCUCGCUGCUUCGUCGCCUCUACACAAGGUUACAAUUUUUGGGAGGCGCACGUCGGGCCCUUGCGGUGGACGCAAGGAGGGUCCACAAGGAAGUAACGGGUCCGUAACCCCCUUGCCUUGACGUCCAACCGUAGCUCUACCUUAAUGGACAGCACAGCAGGCAUGGUGGACGUAGUGUUUCACCCUUACCCUGGGAUCCACUGGACAACAACCACUCACACGCACACACACACACACACACACACACACACACACACACACACACACACACACACAUACACACAGGAACAACCACUCACAGAGUUAUUGUUGACUAAUGUAAUGAUGGAGGGACGUAUGGUGGGAGGGGCUUGGGGGGGGUGUCCCACUGUGGCUACGCCCCCUCCAGUGUGGUCUGGCUAGGUUGGGUGCCCCCUCCCAUGAGGUAUGUCUUGGUUAGGCCAAACAGACCUCACAUGCAUUAUAUAUAUAUAUUUAUUAACAUAUAUAUAUUAACAUUUAGUCUAGGAUCGAAUCUUAUUUCCGUAAAGUUGAGACUUUGUAUAUCUGUUGAAGGAAGGAUUUUGUCAAAUCUAUUUAUAGAACUUCUCUAUACCCUUAACUAAAAUCAAUGAUAUGCUGUGCAUAGGUGAAUUUUUGUAUCAUCCUGUUUGUACAAAUAACACUAACACUGUUAAUAAAUGAAAAGCCAUGAAAGUUGUGA